UUCGGCGAGGUGGGCAGGAUUGUUGUGUUUGGGGAGAAACAACGAAAAAUAAAUAAAACCUAGCACACAAAGAUUUUACUAAGUAUUUAUUUUUUUCAUUUUAUUGUUAAUUUAUUAAAUUUACUUUCGGAAGACAUGUCAGUAGCUGCAGGAGGCGGUGAAAAUACGAACUUUUUGGAUCUGCUGAAUAAGUUUGAGAAACUGUCAGGGAGGCCUUCUCUGAGAGCAGCAGGCUCUAAGAAGAGAGUACGGUGGCUGCCGGCUAGGAGAAACUUCAGUCAACCAUGCCCAAGCCUCAGGAUCCCUAACAGGUUUUUAAGAGAAGGUAACCGCCUGCCCCCUGCUCGGAGCGGACACCGCUGUGUUGCAGACAAUGCUAAUCUGUAUGUGUUUGGAGGGUACAAUCCUGAUUUUGAUGAGUCGGGAGGAUCUGAAAAUGAAGACUACCCCUUGUUUAGGGAGCUCUGGAGGUAUCACUUUGCAACUGGAACAUGGCAGCAAAUGAGAACAGAAGGGUACAUGCCCAGAGAGUUAGCGUCCAUGUCGGCUGUUUUACAUGGAAACAACUUGCUGGUGUUUGGUGGCACUGGAAUUCCAUUUGGUGAGAGCAAUGGAAAUGAUGUCCAUGUUUGUAAUGUUAAAUACAAACGUUGGUCUCUACUCAGUUGUCGUGGAAAGAAACCUAACCGAAUUUAUGGACAGGCAAUGGCAAUUAUAAAUGGCUACUUGUAUGUAUUUGGAGGAACAACAGGUUAUAUUUACAGCACAGAUCUUCACAGAUUAGACUUGACCACACGUGAAUGGAUUCAUCUUAAACCAAACAACCCCCCAGAUGACCUACCUGAGGAAAGGUACAGACAUGAAAUUACACAUGAUGGACAGAAGAUAUACAUCCUUGGAGGGGGAACAUCGUGGACAUCUUAUCCUUUGGAUAAGGUACAUGCCUACAAUUUAGAAACCAAUUCAUGGGAAGAAAUAACAACUAAGCCGCACGACAAAAUAGGAUUUCCUGCAGCAAGGAGAUGUCACAGCUGUGUACAGAUAGGAAGUGAUGUGUAUAUAUGUGGAGGCUAUAAUGGAGAAUUGAUACUAGGAGAUCUUUGGAAAAUGAAUUUACAAACAUUCCAGUGGACAAAACUACCAGCAGUCAUGCCAGAGCCUGCUUAUUUUCACUGUGCAGCUGUAACCCCAGCUGGCUGUAUGUAUGUCCAUGGCGGAGUGGUAAAUAUUCAUGAAAACAGGAGGACUGGCUCCCUGUUUAAGAUCUGGCUGGUAGUACCCAGCUUGUUGGAACUGUGUUGGGAGAAACUUCUGAAGUCUUUUCCCCAGCUAGCACAGCUCUCUACAACACAGCUCAUAAACCUUGGCCUCACACAGGAACUCGUAGAGAGAUUGAAAUAAGUUUUGGGAGUGUCUUCAGAAAUAAGCUAUACAUGUACAGCAAGGACAGACUAUGGGCACCAUGCUGGAAAAAGCUCUUUCAAAGAAUUACUUUCCAAGCCUUAAUAAAUGAAAACAUUGGAUGCCUUUUUUCGUUUGCACUUUUUUUUAAAUCAAUUUAAUUUUUUUUAGCAAGUGGAAUGUACCUAGUUUGUUAAAUCAAUUGACAACCUCGCCUCUUUUUGUAGUAUGUUCAAGUCCAUGAAAGCUGCUUGUGUUAUCCUUGGUGCAUACCUACAGGAUGACCUCUGAAGACUGGUAGUCCUUUAGGUAGGGCGUUUUGAUCUAGUAUAGUAGGACUCGUACUAAACAUUCAUUUUCCUUCUGUUUUUACUUAGCUGUGAAUUAAGGAGACCAAUGCAGAAGUAGUUUGCUCUUGAUCUAUGCCUGCUUAACACCAGACCUAUGAUUUGCUGAUUAAUUACCUGUGAACUGGUAGGAAACCAUGAUUUUAUACCUGCAGCUUCCUGUCUUCCAUGUUACAAUGAAAUCUUCAAUUCAAGUUUCAAGAUGUGUGGUUGGUUCUGCCAUUUAACUUCAGUUGGAAAAUUAUACAGAUACUAAAAAGGGUGCCCCAUUCGUACACUUGGUGUUAAGAAAAUUACACAAACUUAAAUUUCUUCAUUCGGCAAAGAUUUGGAGAAACUGUCGCAAGCUUUUUAUUUCCACACAUCUUUCUAAAUUUUGUAAAAAAAAAUUAGAUUUUAAGCAAACUGCUGGUGUCUAUGGGGAAUGUUUUUAGAUUUAAUUUAGAAUUUGCAGAUUAAAGGGCAUGCAUGUUUGGCUGGUACUUUUCAGUACACACAUUCAGUAGAGACAAGUUAUUGAUGAAUUUGUAUAUGCUCUAAAAUUGGGGGGGGGGGGGGGG